UUUCAGUCAACAGAUGCUUGACAGAUGCGCAUCAACGUCAAAGUUACGUGAUCGCGGUCUUAUUAUCCAGUAAAUCGCAUUCGUAGAAAUAAUUGAAUUAUAUAGCGCUGAAACUAUUUAAAAGUAAAUGUUGAAAAUCACAAGAUACUUUUCUAAUGAUACAAAAGUUGUUAUGACACCUUUGCAGUUAUAUAAACAUUUAUUGAGACAGUGUGAGAAGCUUCCUCCUGACGCUUGUAAACAUUACAAAUUCGCAGUUAAACAGAGUUACAAACAACACAAGUUUGAACCUGAUCCAGAGAGAGUAGAACAAAUAAUUUCUAAAAGCAUUGAUGAUGCCAAAUGGAUAGUGAAUAAGUACAAUAAAAAAUAAUGGAUACUGUAAAGAAGAUCCAUAUAGAUAUGUCAAAAGGAAAAACUGCUUUCAUUUAUGAUACUAGAAUAUUUUAGUCCCCAAGAAUGUUUGGUGAUAAAAUAGAAGAUUACGAAAUAUUGGAACAUCUUGGUAAAGGAGGAUUUGCACAUGUAUAUAGGGCAAGAUGUCGGAGGACAGGACUAUUUGUUGCUAUCAAAAUGAUAGACAAAGCACUUAUGGCAAGUGCUGGUAUGAUUGGCAGAGUAAGACAAGAAGUGACCAUUCACUCGCGUCUUAAACAUCCUGCAAUUUUAGAAUUAUACACAUUCUUUGAAGAUGCACAUUAUGUUUAUCUAGUUUUAGAGCUAGCUCACAAUGGUGAACUGGCAAAACACUUUAAGUUAGGUACACGCGGACUUUCUGAGAAGGCAGCAGCUGAUAUAUUUAGACAAGUAUUGAGUGGAGUGUUGUAUCUCCAUACACACAAUAUCAUUCAUAGAGAUUUAUCAUUGAAUAACCUACUACUGACGAAGGACCUAAAUGUAAAAAUUGCUGAUUUUGGCUUAGCAACACAGCUGAAUGGACCUGAUGAGAAACAUGUUACCAUGUGUGGGACACCAAAUUAUAUAUCUCCAGAGGUGGCUGCUAGAGAAUUUCAUGGAUUACCGGCUGAUGUCUGGGGUUUGGGGUGUAUGUUGUACACUUUGCUAGUUGGAAGCCCACCAUUCCACACUCAACAUGUUAAGACCACUUUAAAUAAAGUUAUAAAUGCAGAUUACAAGAUACCAUUAGAACUUUCUCUGCAAGCCCAGGAUUUGUUACAGAGGCUUUUGUGCAAAGACCCCACAAAAAGAAUAACAUUGAAGGGAAUUUUGGAACAUCCAUUUUUGUGUAACUCUCAAGGUACAUCUAAACAAGAUAUAUCUCGAGAUUCUGGUUUUCUUACUACACUGCACAGCACCCAGCAUAGCAAUAAAUUCAAACAUGAUGAGAAAAGUGAGCCAGAGUGCCACAUGGUGCCUCAUAUUGAAAAGAAAGAUGAAAGGCCUACAUCUUACAAUGUGUUUACUCAAGAAAUCAACUCAAAUUCUACUUGUUCUAAUAACCGAAAUUAUAAUUUGUGUGCUGGGGUUGAUAAAGCUUCAGCAGAAACAUUCGAUUUCAGAAGUCAAAAUAAUGUGUUUCCAAAAAAUGAUAGUCCAUGCAACAGUAAUCUAUCUUUAUUUGAAAAUAUCAGAAAAUUGGAUAUAAAAUGUAAAACACCUCAGUUAAAUACAGAAGAAAACAAAGAAAAUGUUCCCAAAACAUGUGCUGUUAAUUCUAAUGUGUUGAGUGUUCCUCCACUAUGUGCUGAAAGAUUGCCUACAAUUUCACACCGAACACGUAAUGCCAUCUUAAAAAUAGAACCUUCUGGAGUAAUUGUGGAGUUCAUAAAAAAGAAGGGGAAAGACAGAGAAGAACAAAUUACAGAAAUAUGUAAAAUAUCCAAAGAUGGCAUGAAAAUUAUAAUAUACACAGUGGACAGCAAGACCAAAACUUUGAAUAUUAACCAUGACCCUAAUCCCGAUGAAGUAUUUACAUAUCAUAAUUUGCCACAGAAACACUGGAAAAAAUAUUUGUAUGCUUCACGAUUUGUUGAACUUGUCAAAGCCAAAACACCAAAAAUAACACUGUACACAUCAUUAGCGAAAUGCCAGUUAAUGGAAAACACAACUGAUAUUGAUAUCUUCUUUUACAGCGGAGAAAAAGUUACCUUUACUAGUUCAGAAGGCUUAAAAAUAAUUGACAAAAAUUUGAAAACCCAUUAUAAUCUUUCAACAGCACCUGAACUUAAGUAUAUUACUGAUCACUUUGAAGAGUGUUCUAAUCGCAUGAAGAGAGUACAAGCGGCACUAUCUGGUAUUUCUGAUGAGUGUUUCCCUUUAAUAAUCGGCAAAAGACCUGUGCAAACUGUUGCUAAUGUACAGUCUCCAAUGCAGGGCUCAAUUAACACAAAUUAUAAUACACCUCUUCUUAAUAUAGGAUCAUUUCAUCGAACAGCUGCUAGCUCUAGUCAAGCUCCUAGUGAUUACAACUACUAGAAAUCACUACAAGAACAUUAUUUUAAUAUGAUACCAUUUGUUUAUGAAUUUUUUAAUGGUUUAUGUUGAUUUUGAUUUUUGUCGAGCAAAACCUGAAUUCUAAGCUCUAUUAGUUAUUCUUAUUAAUAUAAUAUUUGGAAAAUAUAAAAUAUGUAAAAAAAAAUUGACAAAUUCUAUUAGAUGGCUUGAUUAUGUAUAAUAAAGAAUAUAAUUUAGCUUAUCUGAUAUUUGCAACAAGUACAGAAUAAGCUUCGGACCAUAAAAUGCCAAAGCACUUUUACUUUGCUUACUGAUAAAUUUGAUUCCUAGUAUAAAUGUGAAACAAUAUAAGUAGUAAAAGUUUGAUAAAACCUUUUUCCAACUGUAAAUAGAGCUUUUAAAGUUAAAAAGUCUUAUUUCUUACUAUACUAUAACUUUGUGGAACAUUCUUAAAUAGGUACUAAUAAUGCUGUUUUGUUUCCCAUUAGUAAUUUGCUUAUGGUCUUGUGCUUAUCUUAAAAUGUUGUAAAUAAUUCGAAUAACUGUGCCUCUUAGUAUUAAUUUUAGCUUUAUAGCAUUUUUGUGCUUAAUUUUAAAUACAUAAUUAUUUAUGUAAGUAAAUACAAAUGGUGCAUAGUAUUUUAAA